GGACCCGCCUCCCGGCGCGCCCCCGCGAGGCCCCCGCCCGCCGCGCGCGCGCCCCCGCCGCCGCUCCGAAUGUUGUGAAUCAAAUGCGGGGUUUGUUACAUUCCGCCGGCGCCGCGGCCAGUUCUUAAAGGGCCAGCCGCCGCCCGGGCAGCUGCGCAGACCUGCCCGCGUCCUGCGCCGCCUCCCGCCGCCGGAGGGCCUGGGCCGAGGGAGGCUGGGCGCGCGUGGGCCUCGCGAGGCGGACGCCAGCGGACGGACAACAAAGCGAGAGGCCCCGGAAGGAGCCGGACUGCUCCGGGCCCCGGGGGUGGGGAGGGGAGCACAUUGUUCCGCAGGGCGGGGGCUCUUAAAGGGUCCGGGCAGACCCCCCCACCCCACCCCAUCACCGCUCCCUCCCUGGCCCAGCUCGGCCGCCCCAGAUCGGGAACAAAGGAAUCAACGUGUGUCUAGGAGGCUGAAGGGUUGCGAGCCCGGGCCCAGCCUCCCCACCCCUCUGCCACCCCUGAUGCGACCAUGGGCUCUGGCGGUGACUAGGUGGCCGCCCUCCGCCCCUGUGGGUCAGCGGCGAUUGUCUGCGGGACCCGGCAGCACCCCAGCCCAGCUCCGGGGAAGUCCUACCCGGGCCUCCUCUCUGUGGUGCAGCCCUGGCCGUGAGGGCCGCCUGCCUGCCCAGGAUGAGCGCUUACCCUCCCAGCAGCCUCCGCCCCGACCGUCACACCUCCUUGUAGAGGAGCGUCGAGCCUCGGCUCCUGCCGGCGGGAGCCCCCGGAUGCUGCACCCAGCCUCCCAGCAGAGCCCGUUCAUGGUUGAUCUCCACGAGCAGGUGCACCAGGGGCCUGUCCCUCUGUCCUACACGGUCACCACCGUGACGACCCAAGGCUUCCCCUUGCCUUCAGGCCAGCACAUCCCUGGCUGCAGUGCCCAACAGCUCCCAGCAUGCUCCGUGAUGUUCAGUGGGCAGCACUACCCACUUUGCUGCCUCCCGCCCCCGUUGAUCCAGGCGUGCACCAUGCAGCAGCUCCCUGUGCCCUAUCAGGCCUACCCCCACCUCAUCUCCAGUGACCACUACAUCCUGCACCCCCCGCCGCCCGCCCCACACCCCCAGCCCGCUCACAUGGCGCCUCUGGGCCAGUUCAUAUCGCUGCAGACCCAGCACCCGCGGAUGCCCCUGCAGCGGCUGGACAACGACGUGGACCUUCGGGGGGAUCAGUACCCCCUGGCGAGCUUCACCUACUCCACCUCUGCCCCAGGCCCGGCCCUGUCCCCGUCCGUGCCCCUCCACUACCUGCCCCACGACCCCCUGCACCAAGAGCUGUCCUUUGGUGUGCCCUAUUCCCACAUGAUGCCACGGAGAGUGAGCACCCAGAGAUACCGCCUGCAGCAGCCGCUGCCCCCACCACCGCCACCACCACCACCCCCGCCGCCGUAUUAUCCCAGCUUCCUGCCCUACUUCCUCUCAAUGCUGCCAAUGUCGCCCACAGCAGUGGGGCCCACCAUCAGCCUGGAUCUCGAUGUGGAUGACGUGGAGCUGGAGAACUAUGAGGCCCUCCUGAGCCUGGCGGAGCGGCUGGGGGACGCCAAGCCGCGAGGCCUCGCCAAGGCGGACAUCGAGCAGCUUCCCGCCUACCGCUUCAACCCCGACAGCCAUCAGUCGGAGCAGACGCUGUGUGUCGUCUGCUUCAGCGACUUCGAGGCGCGGCAGCUGCUCCGAGUCCUGCCCUGCAACCACGAGUUCCACACCAAGUGCGUGGACAAGUGGCUCAAGGCCAACCGGACGUGUCCCAUUUGCCGGGCCGAUGCCUCCGAGGUGCCCAGGGAAGUCGAGUGAGGCCCACAGCUGCCCAUGAGGACCCUGCCCGAAGCUCUGGAAACUCAGGGGGGGAGGGGAGGAUGGGGAGGUAGGGCCCGGGCCUGUCCCACUGUUCCCACCUGUACAUCCAGCGCUGGUGCCAGGGUCAGGCCCACGAGCAGCCCCUGCAAUAAGCCCCUGCGUUUGCCAAGCUCCAAAGACUCCAUCCCCAGUCUGCCUGCCAGUCCGCCCACCACGGAGCUGCCUGAGUGCCCCAAUCGGCCUCCCUCCCGCUGGGCCUCGGUUCCAUCAGCAUGGGACCCCGGGGUCUCCCCCCCAUUGUGGCCGGUGGAGAUCCUUGGCCCCGAUGGGCAAAGGGGUCACAGUCCUGGGACUCUUGGUCUCUUGCACUGAAAUAGCGUGCCCUCUUCCCAGGCGGCUCUGACAGCCAUGGACAGACGGUGGCAUACGGCCAUUUCCUGAAACCCAGGCCUGGGUCUGACCCCAGUCGGACUCGGGCAGCCUGCUGAAAGGGGUGGGUCUGGCUCCCCGAGGACCCUCCCCCCAGGCACAACAUUCCAGCCACACGCCCAGGCUGGAGGGCCUCAGAGCCAGCCAGCCUCCUGCGCGGGGGGCACAGGCCCUGAGCCUGGGCAGCACAUAUCCUGAGGGGCGUGGGCUGUGCCGAGGAGAGGGACCCAGGUCCUGGCCGCCACCGCUCCCUGGCAAUGACGGGGUCCAGACCCAUGCCCGAUUUCCCCUCGCUGUCAUUCUGCAUGAACGUGAAGAGUAGCAGUCUUUCUUUAUUCAUUUGGCCCAAAAUCGCGUGUAGGAUUUUGGGAUGUGGAUUUUUAGACAGUUUGUUUUCUUUUGGUUAAAUGGGGGUGGGUAUUAGGGACCAACCAGGACUGAGUGCCCAGGGGGCAGGGAACCGUCCAGUGGUGCCGCCCGGUCCACAUGCAUGCGGGCGGCUGGGGGUCUGUGCUCAGCUGAUAACUGCCAUGCACUGUACUGCACACGUCCCCAGAGCCUACUGCUUUUCAGGGCAUUUCUCCCUCUCCAGCCAGCGCCUGACUCCCACCCGCCUGGGCCAGUCUCCUCCAAGGAAGCCCCAGGAGGACUGGGACCAGGGCGGGCGUGGGCCUCACCUCCAGGGGCCCCCUCCCACCCUGAGCCUGCCCUCCGAGGCCUGGAGGAGGCCCCCGCAGGGUCUGGCUGAGCUUCCCUCCCUCUCCUUCCCGGCCCCUUCCCUGUCCCGCCCCCCCAGCUGAGGUUGCUGCCCAGAACGAACUGCGUGUGGGGCCGGCACAUCCUAGCAGGCGGCCCCUGGCGCCUGCUGCCUCAGGGAUGCUCCAACCACCCUCGUUCUCCGGCCGCGGCCCCGGCUCCCGCCUCCCCGGCUGCCAUGGGGCCCCAUCAGCCUGGCCCCACCCCGUGGGGAACCCAAAGUCUUACUGUAUAUAACGCCAGGUGAUCUUUCUAUAUUUAUAGCAGCGUCCAAACCCCUCGUAUUUUACACAGACAACCAUCCUCUUCCAGCCCCUCCCUUCCCCGCUCCAAAAAGGUUUUCAAAACCCUCCGGGUCCUGGGCAGGCAGAACAGGCUCUCGGGUGGUAGAGGCUGCCACGGUGGUCCCAACGAGCAGCUGUUGACGGGGGUGGGAGGAGAAACGACGUUUAAAAAAAAAAAAAUCAUUUAAGAGAAGAUUUAUAAAACAAUUAUUUAGGAUGUUUGUGAUUUGCUGACCUUGCUCUAGAUGCCAUGUUACCAAUGAUUUCCUGUGGUGGGGGCUUGUUAAUGUUUACUCUUAUUUACCAACUUCUGGCCUAGGCAUGGCAGUGGGCAGCAUCCCCCAGCCUGGCUGGGCCCAGCACCUGUGUUCUGUGUUAGAAGGGUUUUAUAUAUAUAUGUAUGUAACUACAAUAUACAUAUAUAUACACACACAUAUAAAUAUAUGUAAUUUGGGGGGCCUGUUCCUUGCACAUUUUACAGUUACCUCAUUUUCCCCAUGUAUGUAUUUGAGAAAAUGCUAAUAUAUAGAGAGAAAAAAAUGGUUCUUAAAGCUUAAAUGUGUGGUUUUUUCCAUUCCAUUGGAUUCACAUUGGUUUGUAGCAUUUAACAUAACUAGUAUGUUGUAUUAUAUAUAUGUGUAUACUGAUUGAAAUUUUUAACAGAUUUGUACUUUUUUUAAAAUGAAAGUUGCUAGUUCUGCUUGACCAAGUAGUGCAAUCAUUAUUUUUUUUAAUAUUGUUGCUGAUUUCAGAGGGAUAUUCACUAAUAAAUGUAUGAUGUAUAUCAAGUACUGCCCAA